AUGGCAUCAAUUGAAGAGGCCAGAGAGCUUGUGGAAAAGAAGGAGUAUUCGAAAGCCGAAGAGCUCUACCUUUCGUUGCUAAAAGACAACACCAACAGCAGCACUAAUGGUUUCGCAAGUCAAGCCCAAACUCAAGUGCAAGAACGCUGUAUUGUGGAGCUGGGAAGCUUGUACGGACUCACAAAGCAGUCCGACAAGCUAGCAACCUUCAUUCCUGAAGCCAGGGGAAUUAUGAUGCAGUACGCCAAAUCUAAAACCGCGAAAGUGCUAAAGUCCCUAAUUGAUCAAUUUGAACAAAUCCCCAAUUCACUAGACACCCAGAUCAGCGUGUGCAAAGAUAGCAUAGAUUUUGCGACUCGCGAAAGACGUGCAUUUUUAAAGCAUUCUCUAUCGAUUAGGCUCGCGACAUUGUACUUCGAAAAAGCUCAGUACAACGAAUCGCUAGAGCUCAUCAAUGGUUUGCUAAGAGAGUUCAAAAAACUUGACGACAAAUCAUCCCUAGUUGAUGUCCAUUUACUAGAGGCAAAAGUUUAUCACAAACUUCGGAACCUGGCUAGAUCCAAGGCGGCACUCACAAGCGCUAGAACUGCUGCAAACUCCAUAUACUGUCCUACACUUACCGUUGCAGAGCUCGACUUGAUGAGCGGAAUUUUGCAUUGUGAGGACAAGGACUACAAGACGGCCUUUUCAUAUUUUUACGAAUCUUUCGAAGGAUUCCACAAUCAAUCGACGAAUUUUCAAGAAAAGGCUGCACAAGUUUUAAAUUACAUGCUUCUCUCCAAGAUCAUGGUAAACUUGAUUGACGAAGUAAACUCCAUUUUGAAUGCAAAGUACACAAAGGAAACCUAUCAAUCUCGCGGCAUCGAAGCUAUGAAGGCCGUUGCAGAAGCUUACUCGCAAAGGUCUUUACUAGAAUUUAACGCUGCGCUCAAGCAAUACGAAACGGAAUUGAUGGGUGACCCGCUUAUCAGAUCACAUUUUAAUGCCCUAUAUGACACUCUCUUAGAAUCGAAUUUGUGCAAAAUUAUCGAACCGUUUGACUGCGUAGAGGUGCGUCACAUUUCCAAGAUGAUUGGGCUUGAAAACCAACAAGUCGAGGGCAAACUUUCACAGAUGAUCCUUGAUAAGAUAUUCUAUGGAGUGUUGGAUCAAGGUAACGGGUGGCUGUACAUUUAUGAAACUCCUCAUCAGGAUGCGACUUAUGACUCUUCAGUUGAACUAAUCGGACAGCUUAAUAAGGUUGUGGAACAACUUUUUGAGAAGGCAAGCUAUUUGAACUGA